CUCUCUCUCCCCUUCUCUCUCUCUCUGUCUUCAACUCUCUCUCUCUCUCUCUAAAUCUAUAUCUCUAUAUCUAUAUACACCAUGCAGCAGGCUAUUCCGUACAGAACAUGGGUUCCACCCUCCGCCGCCGUCGCCUCCCCCACCACCACGACCGCCGCCGCCGCCGCCGACUCUCUUCCACAAACCUCCCACAUAAAAAUAGGAACGAGUGUGCAAAAACUGGUGGCGGAGAAUGCGGUGAUAGUGUUCGGGAGACGCGGGUGUUGUAUGUGCCACGUGGUGAAGAGGUUGCUAUUGGGGCUGGGAGUCAAUCCUCCGGUGGUGGAGGUGGAUGAAGAGGAAGAGGCGGCGGUGAUGGAAGAAUUUUCUAGAAUUCACGGCGGCGAUGACGGAAAAGGAGCUCAGUUUCCGGCAGUUUUCGUCGGAGGAAAGCUGUUUGGUGGGUUGGAAAGAUUGAUGGGGACUCAUAUUUCAGGUGAUCCGACUCAUAUUUCAGGUGAAUUGGUUCCCAUAUUGAAAGAUGCUGGAGCUCUUUGGCUUUGACUCAUCACAACUUCGAACAAUCAAUCAAUCAAUCGAUCUCUCUUGACUGUUUCCAUGUCUCAUGAAUGUUUGGAGACAUGAAUGCAUAUUUUAUUUUAUUUUAUUUUUUUUGGGCAAUAGAUUGGAAGUGUAUUAUGAAUAUGUUUGCUGUAAUUUAUUGAGUUAGAUAUGAUUUUUUUUUUUUUUGGUUUAAAUUUAUGGUAUUGUAUUUGGUAAUUUCAGUUGAAUAAAGAUAAUAGGUUAAUUAUGUAGAA